CUCUUCGAAUGGUGAAUAGCUGACGUAAUAUGAGCUCACGAAACAUUUGCCUUUAAACGUAUCACCAUUUAAUGUUAAAUUUUAUUUUAAAAUGCUAAUCAAUGCUUCGGUUCACUGAUAAUGUGGCCUCACAGCGUUCAGUUGUGUUCACACUACAAGAACUGUUACUGAUUUAUAGUCAAAAUGUUUUGUGUUUUAGUUGUUACCUAAUGAAUGUUAUGUGGUGUGGUUAACACAAUGGCAUUUGCAGCGAGAAAGUGGUUAGUGAAUUUAAGGAAUAUAAAUAAAUAUAGCAAGUUUUGUUACACGAGAUAUGCAUGUAACUCAUGGAAUCAUCCGAAUUACGUUCCUAGAAUAAACAACCAGUUCAAGCCACGAUGGCUUCACACUACUAGCACGGUUAACAAAACGGUUGCAUUUAAAUUAUCUGAUAUCGGAGAGGGUAUACGAGAAGUUGUUAUAAAAGAAUGGUUCGUUAAAGUAGGUGAUAAAGUUCAACAGUUUGAAAACAUUUGUGAAGUGCAAAGUGAUAAAGCAGCCGUGACCAUCACAAGCCGGUAUGAUGGAGUCGUUACAAAGCUUUAUCACGAAGUUGACCAGACUGCGUUAGUUGGACAACCUCUGGUUGAUAUAGAAGUUGAUUCGUCAGGGGACGAAGAUACACCGGCAUCGGAUUCUGCAACUGACGCUGCGAAAGAUGUGCCAAAAACAAAAACUGAAAGCAUUCAACGCACAAAAGUAUUAACAACGCCAGCUGUAAGAAGAAUUGCUGCUCAAUUUCAGGUGGACCUCAGUAAUAUCAAUGCGACAGGUAGGAAUGGCAGAGUACUUAAGGAAGACGUACUAUCUCACCUCAACAUGACUGCAGAUAAAUCUAAUGAUGUACCAGAUAACACUUUAGCUGUAGAAGCAAUUCCUUUUCCUAUGACUGCAGCUAUCGCAAGAGAAGUUAUUUUGGAAGACAAAGUUGUUCCUGUUACAGGAUUUAUGAAAGCUAUGGUCAAAUCUAUGACAGAAUCAAUGAAAAUACCACACUUUGUAUUUAGUGAUGAAUAUGACGUGACAAAACUGGUAAAAUCAAGGCAGGAACUUAACGAACUGGCCCAAAAAAGGGGGGUUAAAUUGACUUACAUGCCUAUUAUCAUUAAAGCUGCUUCUCAGAGUCUCCUAUCUUACCCAGUGCUAAACAGCAGCCUCGAUAGUUGUAAUGAAAAUCUGAUUUAUAAAGCAAGCCACAAUAUUGGCGUUGCGAUGGACACGCCUAAUGGCUUAGUAGUACCCGUGAUCAAGAACGUGCAGCAUAAGAGUAUUUUUGAAAUAGCAAUUGAACUGAAUUCUUUACAAGAAAAAGGAUUAAAAAGCCAACUGGGGCUUAACGAAUUAACUGGUGGAACUUUUACAAUUUCUAAUAUUGGCAUUGUAGGAGGCACUUACACGAAACCAGUGAUAUUGCCUCCUCAAGUUUCGAUCGGAGCUUUAGGAAAAAUACGGGUUUUGCCGAGGUUCGAUUCAGAGGGUAAUGUGGUCAAAGCUCAUAUCCUAUCAGUAAGCUGGUCAGCUGACCAUAGGGUCAUCGACGGUGUUACCAUGGCCCGCUUCUCAAAUCAGUUAAAAGAUUAUCUAGAAAAUCCUCAGAAGCUAAUUUUAGAUCUGUAAACCUUAGGGAUCAUGUAUUUAUAUUAUAAGAAGCUAUUUUUGCAAUGUUUUUGUUGAAAAAAAUAAAAUAUUAUUUUGUGA